AUGGAGCUCGAUCUAAAUAAAAUUGAAUACGUUCAAGUUGGACUCACAACUCCUAAUUCUCUCGUUCUUUUACCAAAUCCGGAGGGAGAUCGGCAGAAACAACGUGCCGCAAUCGCAUCGCAAGAAGGACACAUCAUCGUUUUUUCGCUCAAGAAGAAUGAGGUGCAAGUACAUUUCAAAACGCUCGUCGGUCCAUCGAUUUCCGCCAUUAAAUUAGGAGGCACGGUCAAUACUUUGCCCGAUAAGAUCUUUGUUGCUGCGGAAAAUCGCGUUUAUGGCUUCAACAAAAGGGGAAAACAAUUUCUCGCAUUCGAUACGAAUAUGACGGAGAACAUCAAGAGCAUGUUUGUGAGUGGCACGGACCUACUUGUGUGUGGAAAUCACGUUUUUAAUCAUUACAAGGAUUGUGUCGAGCAUGGCACGUAUUUGUGUGGCGAUACGAUUGUUGAUGUCGCGGGGAUUUAUCUCCCAAACUCAUCUCGGAUGAUUGUUGCUCUGGCAUGCUCAGGACGAGUCAUUCGAUUGUUGGAAUAUUCUCGUCUAAGGUCGUCGUUGGAGCUUUCGAGUGUUCCGACAACACUUCAUGUGCCUCUCAAGUCCUUUGAUAAGCUCUAUUGUGGGUUUGCGGAUGGACAAGUUGUUGUUUUUCAGAUAAAUCCAAUGUUGGUCGACAUUAAAAGGGAAGUAAUUGUUGAAUUGAGUGAGAAUCGGAGUGCCGUUACGUGUUUGGAUACCUUUGAUAUUACCGGAGAUGGUAAAGUUGAGUUGUUGGUAGGGCGGAGAGAUGGAACAGUUCAAAUUUAUUCGUUACCUGAUGAUAAUGACAUGGAUUUGGGAAGUGCUAUGAUCUAUCAAGGGAAUUUUGGUGAAUCAAUCUCAUCAAUUAAAGGAGGAUGUGUUCGCCAAAACGGAUAUAUCGAAGUUGUGGUAACUACUUAUACGGGUCUCGUCUUUGGCUUGUCCACACAGUGCAUUAGCCAAAGUUUUAGUGAUAUUAAAACGAUGAAUUUGGAAGGCAACAAUAACAUUGCGGUCACUCAUGACGACGAAUACGAAGAAUUUGGAAAACACAUGGCUCUGGCACGCGAUCGUCAAAAAGCUUCAGCUGCAAUUCUCUCAUCGCCAUCCAGCCCCAUGCCAGGCUUGCACGUGAACGAUCAAUUUAUGCUAAAUAAAGACGAUGGAACUUACGAUUUAUCGAUUGAAAUCCCGUUAAGCAUCGAAGUCAUCAUGUUCCAAUGCGAUUGUCCCUUGGAUUUCAUAACGAAAGAAAAUGUCGAGUUACGGGAGCCGAAUGUGCUUGAAAAUAUUCACUUUAAUGCAGCUUACGAAGCAAAAAGCUACAAAACUCGUCAAGAUUUUAAAUUUCGCACCGUUGAAGGGCAAUACGGGAUUUUGCAAGCUUUUGUGACUCCCGUCAACAAUCCGUCGUUGGUUGAGUUGAGACGAUAUGAAAUCAAGCCCUUGUCUUUGCACAUUCGGAUUCACCGAGAUUUGGACAAUCUUCGACCAUUUAACACGUUGUCGCUGAAAGGAAAUUUCUCGCAAGCGGAAAUGCAUAGCUGGUUGAACAAUUGUAUCCCUGAGAUGCCGGAACGAUUGGGACAAGGCGAUGGAGCGCCGUUGCUGUUUAAACACGUAUUUGCAACGACUGUGCUUCAUUGUGAGUUUAGCAAAGGCGUUGCUGAGUUCAAAAGUGAUAAUUUAUCGACAAUUUCAAUUUUGAAGGAAUAUCUCACGAAGGAAGCGACCAAAAAACGGAUUAAAUUGGAAAUUUCUCAAUACAUCAACGACUUAAGCAUCCCUCACAUAAUAAAAAUUCUUGAACCUUUAUUGAUUGCCCACGUGGUUCUACGUGAAGAUCACAAGCUGUUACUUGCAUUAUUGGAGUGUGAUUUCACAACUCAGGAGGAAAUUGACAUCCUUUCACCCGAAUAUCAAAAUAUUUUGAACCGAGAAAAGGAAAUUUUGGAAGCUUUCAAGAACGAUCCUCCAAUAACGAACCGCCUUUAUGGAUUUUUAACGGAUUUGUACAUCGAUCGCUUCAAAUUCAAGGGAAUUAACGUUAAAACCAAGAUUCCAAUGUUGAUAAAACUGCUGGAAGAAUAUCAAUAUGAUACUAUUGUCGAGUUUUUCCUUGGCGGAAGUGGCAAUAAGAGCAACGAAAAUUCAAUUGAAUAA